GCCACUGACCUACAAACAGCUUUAAGGGUCCCACUGCGGCGAGACAACGCCUCCUGCUGGACACACAUGUCAGACGGGCACAGGGAACCACACACACACACACGCACAGACAGACAGUUCAUGGUGUUGUGGAGGUCGUCAAGAAAACAGUGGCGGUCUCAGAGGAAUCAGCCAAGACCUACAGUAGGUGACCGACACAAGUGUGAAGAAGCGUUUCACAAGGGAACCGAGCUGUCCAAAGAGCAGAGAGGUGCUCCACAGCAGGAUUUCGGACAACUUAAGCCCUUAAACCAAGAUUUUCCUACAGAGGGAGAGAGCAGCAGAAAAGCCCCGUAGGCCGCAGAGAUGGACAGCCAGAGAAAAGCUGGAGGAGAAGGAGGAGGAGGAGAGAGGAGACAGACGGAGGAGGAGGAGGCCGGAGAGAGUGAUAAGAGGAGUAAAGAGCAGCGGAACAAGGCGGAGAAGGGUGAGAAGGAGAAGGGAGAGAAGGAGAGAGGGAAGAGAGAGAGCAGGAGGUCAGGCUCUCAGUACAGAGGAGGCUGGGCAUUGACCGAGCGUCUGGCCAUCAACGUGUCCGGCAUGCGGUACGAGACUCAGCUGCGCACGCUGGCCCAGUUCCCCGACUCCCUGCUGGGUGACCCGCACCGACGCCUGCGCUACUUCGACCCGCUCCGGAACGAGCUCUUUCUGGACCGAAACCGCUUCUGCUUCGACGCCAUCCUCUACUUCUACCAGUCCGGCGGACGCCUGCGCCGGCCAGCCAACGUACCGCUGGACGUCUUCAUGGACGAGCUGCGCUUCUACGAGCUGGGCGAUGACAUCAUGGCCCGCUUCAAGGAGGACGAGGGUUUCCCUAAGGAGGAGCCGCGACCGCUGCCGGAGAACGAGCUCCAGAGGAAGCUGUGGAUGCUGUUUGAGCACCCGGAGUCAUCAGGAGGAGCACGCAUCAUCGCCAUCAUCAGCGUGAUGGUCAUCGUAGUGUCCAUUCUCAUCUUCUGUCUGGAGACACUGCCAGACUUCAGGAACGAGAGAGAGCUGAGAGAGCAACACACACACCACCCCCAUCACUCCAACCCCAACUUCACAGUGCCCCAUUCGCCGGUCUCCUCAGUCUUCCUGGAUCCGUUCUUCAUGGUGGAGACCAUGUGUAUCUUCUGGUUCUCCUUCGAGCUCCUGAUGCGCUUCGUCUGCUCUCCCAGCAAGAUGCACUUCUUCAAGGACGUCAUGAACGUCAUUGACUUCUUCGCUAUCAUUCCUUACUUCGUCACGCUGGGCACAGAGCUGGCCAAGGCCAAAGGAGGAACGCCCACCAUGUCUCUGGCCAUCGUCAGGGUCAUCCGUCUGGUCCGAGUCUUCCGGAUCUUCAAGCUGUCGCGUCACUCCAAGGGCCUGCAGAUCCUGGGCCAGACGUUGAAGGCCAGCCUGAGGGAACUGGCCCUGCUCAUCUUCUUCCUCUUCAUCGGAGUCAUCCUGUUCUCCAGCGCCGUCUACUUCGCAGAGGUGGACAGCCAGGACACAGCCUUCACCAGCAUCCCCGAGGCCUUCUGGUGGGCCGUGGUCUCCAUGACGACGGUCGGCUACGGUGACAUGUACCCAGUUACGGUCGGGGGGAAGCUGGUAGGGUCCAUGUGUGCCAUCGCUGGUGUGCUGACCAUUUCACUGCCCGUCCCAGUCAUAGUGUCCAACUUCAGCUACUUCUACCACCGCGAGAUGGAGUGUGAAGACAGCCAGGAGUACACACACAUCAGCACAUCAUUGUGGGAGAAGGAUGAGGACAGUGAAGGAGACGAGGAUGGAGAGGGAGAGGGAGAGAGAGAGGGGGAGGAGGGGGACUAUGCACCCCUGGACGGAGGUGAGGGGUGCAGGGGCAUCUGUGCUCCGCUGAACGGGACGCUACUGGCUGGCCUGUGUGCAGGAGAGCAGAGGAGGGGAAACGUUUUUACACGAGAACCACUGGUCACUCAGGUCUGAAAGAGAUAGAAAGAAAAAGAGAGAGAGACAUACAAAAGAUAUGGGAUAAAGUGAUCACAGGCAGGUGGGGAAAGAGAGAGAAGAGACUAGGGAAAAAAAAAGAGUGGGAAGAAAAGAGAGAGAGAAAUUUAAACAUAACACAGUUAUGCCAAUAAAACCUCUUCCUGAGUUGAGAGAGAGAGAGAGAUGGUAGAGAGCUGUGACGUGAGGAGUGGGCCGACCUGCCUGGCUGAAGAGUCUCUAAAUGCAUCUGAAGAACCUGAAGGGAAAAGACAGAAAAAAACUUACUACACAAAGAUGGACAAGAGUGUGCAAACCACGCACAACACAAACAGGAACAAGAGGACAAAACAGGAAUCAUCCAGCCCAGUGGCCUUCCACGAACACAGACACCACUACAGCACAUGCAAGAAGAUCUUUAUAUUCUUACAUUUAUCUACAUUUGUGUUACUACUUAUCUAUUUAUUCUAUUUUAAUAGGUGGAAAUUCCACUGAUUUUUCAAAUUUUCUGCUUAAUCAUUUAGUUGUAAACUCGGAGUGGUUGUAGUGAAACUUACCAACGUGAACUUCUUUUCAGUGGUGGUGAUAGGAACCAGAGGUCACUGUGUCUACAACAAAAAUACAGCUAUUUUCUUUACUAUCCAAAACCACCAGUGAACCUACACAUCUUCUGAGUUUAUAUGUGUAAUGCUGCUGACGAUAAAACAGUGGUAAUAUUUUUGGGGGGGGGGUAUUGUUUUAACUUACAGGAUGCAUGUACAUCUCCUCAAAACUACUGCAACACAACGUCUCAGGCAUCUGGCAACACAUUUACAACCAUUUCAUGUAUUAACUUUCUGUCAGGGAUCUUGUGAAAAAUUAGAUGCUUCAGACGUCUGGCUCCUAUCAUCACCACUGUGAACAACUCUGACUCGACAAGUGUCUCUAGAACAGAAAGUUUCAUACCAAACAAUUCUGAAUGACUUCCAGCUACAUUAAAUUAGGCAGAAAUUUAAAAAAAUCAGUGGAAUUCCCCUUUAAAGAGUAGCAGUCAUUGUCUUAAUGUUAGAAUCGGUGUGGAGAACAUGAUAACAGAGCUGGCUGAAAGACUGCAACGGCAGAAACAAUCACCCCUGAACUUUACAGGGCGGAAGGUGACCUGAGUCGUUUGCCUGAUGUUAGGAUGAGAAUCAGAAGGAAAGUCUUAAAGAGCUCAGCCAAAAAUACAAGAAAACGGGCUUGAAUAAGCUAAUGUGACAUGUACUGUGUGUAUGAGUGUGUGUUUUUGUGUAUGCGUGUAUGUGCGCUUGAAUGCCUUUUAGGUUUAAGCGUAUUUAUUCUAGAAACCAGUGUGACCCUUAUUUACAAAUGAAUGUUUAAUAAAAAUAUUUUCAUCAA